AUGCAAAAUAAUAAUGGGACUUUGUUAGCGAUCAUGACAGUAGAGAUCACACAAGAUGAGAGAGAUUAGAUAUACAUUUAUGAAAGAGAUGAUCCCCGAGAUUUGGGGAUAGCAUUUGCAUCAAAACAUGACCUUCCUGGACGAUAUCUAUUAAAGUUGAUUGAUAGCAUAUCGUAACAUAAAUAAUAAGCACAACACACUAUAAAUAUUGAAUAAAAGGUGAUCCAUGAUUAGAAAUCAAAUUAUUUCAGAAAUUCAACUAAUUCAACUCCUUAUAAAUAGAAUAGUUAGAUUUCAACUCAAAGUUGUUAAAAGAAGAGUCCUUUAGUAAGCAGUAGAUCACAUUAUAGAGAUAUCUCAUAAGAUAUUAGCAAGAUGAUGAGGGACAAGAGCGCUAGAGAAAUCAGAUAAUAGAAGCCUGUAGAUGAGAACGAGUUGACAUUCACUCCCCAAAUCAAUAAAAAUUCUGAAUAGAUUGUCAAACAAAAACGCUAGGAUAAUAGUGUAGAACAAAGGUUGCUCAAUUAUGGCAAAGAGAAGUAAAUCAAGUUACAAGAGUUGAGAAUGCAGAAAUAACACUCUUAAGACCAACAAAAUAAGUCAUUCACAUAUCAUCCAAAAACUACUCAGAGAUCUCAUGAGAUUUUAAAUGAAAAGAGUGUGAGCAAGACUUACAAGGACAUUUAUAAUAAGACUCCAGAGUAUUAUAAUUAGGAUAACAAAUCUAGUAAUAAUAAUUCUUAUGUAUUGAAUUUACCAUGUGCUGAUCAAAGCGUCGUUUAAUAGGUUUGGAGAGCCUCAUUGAUGAAGCUAUUUAAUAUGCUUGAUAAGGAACAAAAGGGAGAAUUGAAUACUGAAUAAGUUGACUUGUCAUAAAUGAGUUAUGAAAUGUUACAAAUUGUUGCUCCUGUCUUAAUCAUCAUGGAGGAAAGAGGAGGCACUUUCAGAUUUGAAAUGUUUGCUAAGGAGGUCACAAAUUUUUGUGUGAAGCACAAUUUUGUUGAAAAUUUAUUUUCAUUACUAUUAUAAUGA